AAUUAAUUUUUUUAAAAAAAAUUUUGAAUAAAAUGAAGAGAAGAAAUUUGAAACUUCAGAGAAGAGGUCCUUUUUGCUAGCAUAUUGGCUUUGUUGCAGGGGAUCAAAACAAGUGAUACAAAAUGAGGAAAACAUCUCUCAAAACCUCGAAAAGCUCUGUCCAUGGAAUUAAGGGAAACAAGAAAUAUGAUGAUGCAGAGGCAUUAUCCACAAUUGCCAGAAGCAUUUCCAUGAAUGCCUGUGGAACCAAACAAAGGCUAAUAGCAGAAGAUAUACUAAGGCAUGGAAAUGUGAGGGUCCCGUCCGAGGUAUUCACGUUCCGCGAACUUGCAAACGCCACCGAUAAUUUCAACCCCGAACUCCUUGUUGGUGAAGGUGGAUUUGGGAGGGUCUAUAAGGGACAUCUCAACAAAACAAAUCAGAUUGUGGCUGUGAAGCAGCUCGAUAGAAACGGUGUGCAGGGGAACCGGGAAUUCCUGGCAGAGGUUCUAACCCUAAGCCUCGUCCACCACCCGAAUCUCGUUAAUUUAAUCGGAUAUUGCGCAGACGGGCGCCAGAGGAUAUUGGUCUAUGAUUACAUGCACAAUGGAUCUUUAGAAGAUCAUCUUCUCGAUUUAGCUCCGGACAAGAAGCCGCUGGAUUGGUACACGAGAAUGGAGAUAGCUAAAGGAGCAGCACAAGGGCUAGAGUACUUGCACGACACAGCGAAUCCGCCUAUUAUAUACCGGGAUUUUAAGUCGUCCAAUAUAUUAUUGGACGAGGUUUUCAACCCUAAGCUCUCCGAUUUCGGCCUCGCUAAGCUGGGGCCCACAGGCGAACAGGAUCACGUUUCCACUAGGGUGAUGGGUACAUACGGCUAUUGUGCACCGGAGUACGCACAGACAGGACAGUUGACCACAAAAUCCGAUGUCUACAGUUUCGGGGUUGUGUUUCUUGAAAUCAUUUCCGGUAGACGAGCUAUCGAUAACAAGAAACCCCCCGAUGAGGAGAAUCUUGUUGCUUGGGUUAGUUUUUUUUUUUUUGCGAAACCGCUAUUUAAAGAUAGGAGAAAGUAUAAUAUGAUGGCCGAUCCGUUGCUCGAAGGGAAUUACCCGACAAAGGGUCUUCAUCAAGCUAUUGCCGUUGCGGCGAUGUGUCUACAAGAGGAAGCGAAUACUCGACCGCUUAUCGGAGAUGUCGUCACUGCACUUGAAUUUUUAUGCAUCAGGACUGAUGAAGUUAGCAGUAGUACUGAAACAGAUUUAUUAGAUGUAAUUAUGUAA